GAGUGAAUUUGGUGCGAAUCUUCUCCACGGGCUCUGAGAGAAAGAAAAAAAAACUAUGUUGUAUAACUUAGAGAGAGAAAAAAAUCCGAAAUAAGAGGCAUACAGAUGAGAUAAAAGAACGGAGCCAAUACAGCAACUAGAAAAUUAUAACAGCAGCAAAUAGCAUCGAAAGCAGCAGCAGCAGCAGCAGCAGCAACAGAACGAAACAACUGUAAAAACUUCUUAUGUUAUGUGCGCGUAGUAAAUAGUUUCAGUGUAGAAAACGCACAGCAAACAACGAAAAACAACACACGAAAUCACACACGAGAAAGAAAAAUAAGAAACCGAUUUUAUUUUACAAAAAAAAAAUGAAAAAGAAAGACAGAUUGGGACGGGAGGAACGUACGAACUAUAAUUGCAACGGGCAGUAGCUGAGCAAAACACAUGAAUAAUAAUAAUAAAAAGAAAUAACACACAACCAGCAACAACAGAAACAGAAACAAAUUCAAUAAAUAUAUCUAAAAAAAACAGAGUAAUUCAUACAUGAGUGGAGAAAUAAAAACAAAAUAUAAACACAGAAGAAUAAUACAAAUUGAAAAAACACAAACCACAAAUCGCAUUAUCUUUCCAUUACUUUGAUUAAUAUUCAAAUUGGAUACAUUUGUUUUUUGAUAUGUGUGCAUUUAUGUGAUCGCCGAGAAAGAGAGUGCGAGCGAACGAGCGCGCGUUCAUUUCAAAUUUUCACCCGUAGUGGAUUUGGAAAUUUGCAUCGCAAUUGUUUCUCUCUCUUUUUUUUUUUCGUUGUUUCAAAUUCAUUUCGGUCUGUUAGUGUUUUUCAUUUUUUUUCAUUGAGUUUUAAAACUCGGAACGAAUUUCAGUGCUCUCGCAUGUGUGUUUGGAAUUGAGAACGCACCGUGGCUGAAAAAUCAUUAUUAUUAUUACUUUUUUGUUUCUUCGUCGACGACUACGACGACGACGAAGACAGCAACAACAACAACGACAACGACGGCGGCGGCGGCGGCGACGACGACGACGAAAACGACGAUCCGAUCGAUGCUAACUAUAAAAUUUACAGUGGAAUCGAAUGAAAUUGCUUCGGAUAAAUGAAUUGGUUUGGCAUUAUCAACGUCAUAAAUUUGCAUUCAGGUUGAGAAUAAGAGCGCACAGAGAAUCGUCGUCGCAAGAUUUCGAUAUCACAACACACACAUCGAGAUAACAAGAGAAAGAAGAAAAAAACGGCGGCCGAUAACCACGAAUAGUGUGAAAAUAUAAAUUCGUUUGGUUUUCUUCGAAUUUGUUAUUUGUUGAUGUGUUGAUUGUUUUUUUUUUUAGUUUUUUCUCGCUGGGCUCUUUUAAAUUAUUUAGUUUUAUCAUUUUAACAAAAAAAAAGUUUUAAAUUCAUUUAAUUGUGUUCGUGCGUGCAAUUGUGUUAUUUCUGUGAAACGAAGAAAAACAAAAAGAAAAUCAAAAUGUCAUUCGAUGCGCGCAACAAUUCGGCUGUACUGAAGCGAGCCGAGCAGCUGAAACGAUGGGAAGAUUCCGAUACAAAUCGUGCAUCAAACUCACCAAAAGAUCCAGCAACGCGAAGAGUCAAAUUUUCAUCGGGCUGCGUGUUUUUAGCCGCCUGUUUAUCGGGCGACAAAGAAGAUAUCAUUCGAUUAAUUGAGAAUGGUGUCGACAUCGACACCGCUAACGUUGACGGAUUGACAGCAUUGCAUCAAGCAUGUAUCGACGACAAUUUAGAAAUGGUAGAGUUUUUAGUGCAGCAUGGAGCUGAUGUAAAUAAGCAAGAUAACGAGGGAUGGACACCAUUACAUGCUACAGCAUCUUGUGGAUUUCUUAGUAUAGCACAAUAUUUAAUAGAGAAUAAUGCUGAUUUAGCGGCAGUGAAUAGCGAUGGCGAUCUGCCCAUCGAUUUGUCCGAUUCGGAUCGCAUGCAUGCGCUGCUUGAGAAGCAUUUGAUUGAGCAAGGCAUUGAUUGUGAUGAAGCACGCCAAAGUGAAGAGAAAAUCAUGCUGCAUGAUGCCGAAUGUUGGCUGAGAAACGAUGCAUCGGAAGCAGAUCGUCCGCAUCCGCGUACCGGUGCGACGGCAUUGCAUGUGGCCGCUGCCAAAGGAUACAACAAAGUAUUGGGCCUAUUGCUGGCCACACGGGCCGAUGUUGAUAAACAGGAUAACGACGGUUGGACACCGUUGCAUGCAGCCGCACGAUGGGGACAAAAGGAUGCCGCACAAAUGCUGGUAGCCGCCUUAGCCGAUAUGGAUAUCAAAAAUCAUGCCGGCCAAACACCGAUCGAUGUGGCCGAUCCAAGCAUCGUGAAAUUCCUUGAGGAACUGCAGAAGAGCAACAAACGAACCGCAUUACGAAGACCUGCUAGCCAAAUUCGCCUUAGUGAUAAUAUUUAUAAUCAUUUUAAUAUAGAAACACCGAAACCGAAAGUUAUGAAAUCAGACACGAAAAAUAUCGAUGAAGAUAUCCCGAAACCACCAAGCGAACCAGCACCAAUAGCCAAAGAAAGUCAAUUGAUUGAAGAUGAGGCACCAUGGCGACGACCAACAUCCAUUCGCCUCACUCGAACCAAUCAAAAUGAGAAUCCACCAAAAAUACAAGUUCCUGAAAAAGAAUCCCCAAAUACAUUGGAUAGCGAAGUGAUGCUUCGAAGAACACAAAGCUUUGAAAAUGAUGAAAAAUUUUAUCAAAAGUACAUAGAAUUGCGUCGGCGGAUAAACGCGAAUUCUUAUCCAGUUUCACCGGCUACAUUAAAUACUGGCAUGUUUGGUGUAAAUUCCACUUACACGAUUGCACCAACCACAUCAACAACAACUACGACAAAUAAUUUUACAGUACAAAGAUCGGCCUCACUUAAAGAUUACAAACCAUUAAGGAUAAAUUCAUUGCCACCAUCAGCUGUAGCUUCAACGGCUACGAAUAACACGCUCACCACUAACACAACGACGACGACCGCAACGACACCGGUCGCACAACAACAACAAAGAAGCUCUGGCAAAAUUGACGAUAAAAAUAGACCGAAAUAUGGUAGCGUGACCAAUUUGUCGGUCAAUCCGGAAAUUUCAAAUAAAAUCAGUCAAGCGCGUUCGCUAUUCGGUGGAAGUGCAUUUUCAUUGAAUAAAGUAAACGAUCGACCAUUGACACCCUAUCGACACGCGUCGAGCGCCACCGAUUUAACGAACGACAAUGCCAACGACAAACAAACCAUUUCGAACGACAAAAAUUCAAACAGUAGUAAAAAUCCGGACAAAACCUCACCAAAACCGGUGAUCAAGACUCCAAUUAAAUUCACUGACGAACUUCAGGUCAUUACGCAAAAUAAUGAACCGGCCAAAAAAAGCACCUUCGGCCAUAUAUUUAAAAAUUUCUUCAAAUCAUUUGUACCGCCGGCUCGCGAUGAGGAGAGCGAAACGCAACGCAAAGCCCAUGCUAAACGUGUUCGUGAAACCAGACGAUCGACACAAGGUGUUACAUUAGAAGAGAUCAAAAGUGCCGAAGAAUUAGUUAAGAAAAAGAAUUUGAACAAUAAUAAUAAUAGCAGUAGCAACAACAACAAUAACAAUAAUGGAAAUGCAACGACACCAAGUGUGACAGCGAGCGAAACAACAGCGACAAGCGCUGCAAUAAAAACCACGGAAGAUGAUGAGAUUGUUACGUCUGUCACGUUAGUGCUGCCAAACAGUCGUACAGCAUUAAACUCAUCGACAACAACAACAGUAACAAUGAAUGUGCCUGCUGUGAUGUCUGCACCCCCAUCAUCAUCAUCAUCAUCAUCAUCAUCAUCAUCGUCAUCGUCAUCCACAUCAACUUCGACAAUAACACCAACAGCAACAGCAAUUGCAAACAAAAAGACUGAACUGUCGGAUAUGCUAACGAUGAAAGUGUGUCCGACAAAACUAAACACAGCUGAUAGUAGCAGCAAUCAAACGUUUACCAAAUUAUCAACGACGGAUUCAAUGCAAUCGGACCACAAGGAUUGUAUGUACGGAUUGGGCAUUACGGACGACGAUAAAAAUGGUAAGGCAGCGAUUCAAAAGCGAUCACUGCUUGACAUCGAUAAUGCGAGCUCGUUAUCGUUAGCCGAUAAAUUACGUAACGAAGCCAAUAAGUAUUCCUCCGAUGAGAACGCUGGACGUGAGCAUUUCGGAACAAACAAAGAUGCCUUAAACCUAGCCACAAACAAUGAACAACAGCAACAAUCGAUUGUUGACAAGAAGACUGGAUCGUUGCCAACGACACCCACAUCACCGCCAACAUCCGCAUUGUAUCAGCCAAGCGUUGUGACCAGCUCCAUUGGCAAUGCCACAACCACAAUCAAUAGCCACACGAAUGAGCGUCGACCAUCGUGGCGACUCAAAUUAGACGCCGGAUGCAAGUUUAAAUUGGAAGAUGCCACUUUGCCAGCCACCAGCACCAAUUCAAUUGUUGAUAACAACAAUUUGAUGGGACAAAGACGAACAAAUUUGACAACCACCAACACCGUAUCGCGUCCAUUAUCAGCUCCGGUUGUAUCGUCAUCGACCAUCGUCGACAAUACGAGCGAUCGAAGCAAGGAAACUCCCAUCAUCAGCACCGAUGUGACUGUGUCCCUAAAAAAGAACCGAAGUGGAGAAGAUAAAGAAAAUGAAAAAGAGAACGAUAGUCGUGGUGGGCAAGCAACGCAAGCAAUUAUUCAGCGAAGACGACGACCAAAGAGACGUUCAACCGGCGUAUGCAAUGUUGGCGCCGAGGACGCCGAUAACGAGCGACAAGACUCGCCUGUUGAUGGUGAUGAGAGUGGCAGCGAAAAAACGUCAACAAGAUCACGCCUUGGCUCGAGCAGUUCAAUCACAUCGGAACAGAGUCCCGUUGCCGAUAACUCGGAAAAUGGCGGCGAAGCCAUCGAUUACAAGGCACUGUAUGAAGCAGCUAGAUCCGAUAACGAUAAACUUAAAAAUCAAUUGAAAAAGAAAGAUGACGAUCUGAUGAAUGCAAGAGCAGCAAUCGAUAGAUUCACAAAUGCAACAACGAAGAACACGUUAUCUGAGUUGGAAAAGCGAGAGAAACGCGCCAUGGAACGCAAAAUCUCCGAAAUGGAGGAGGAGCUCAAGCAACUACAAAAAUUCAAAUCUGAGAAUGAGCGUCUACGUGCCGAGAAUCGCGCUCUCACUCGUGUCGUUUCAAAGUUAACACUUUCGGCCCAAAAUCAACUCCAUAAUAAAAAAUAAAGCAAAAAAAAUAAAUAAACGAAAAUUAUUCGAAACCAAAAAAACACACACACACGAAUCAAUUUGAUCCGAUCGAGACAAUCAUCAAAUCAAAUCGAUCCGAACGUAAAAUAAAUCAACUACAUACAAAUCAGUGCAUUACGAGAAUUGGAAAGAAGAAAAAACCUUUAUAUAUCAAAAUGAAACGCACACAUUUAAGCAUCAAAUAUACGCUACAGAGCAUCAACAUACAACAGUUAUACCAUUAGCCAAAAACAAAAAAUUAAAACCGAUCGAGAAAAAAAAAUUGAAACAAUAAUCUCCAUUAAACGAGAACGAUGAAUAAUCUAAUUGACAACAACAACAACAAUAAAAAAAAAGAAAAAACCAAAUUUAAACCGAAAAUCAAAAAGAAAAACCAAUCUCAGACAAAUCGCGAAUCAACGCCUCCCCCCCAAAAAAAACAAACACACAAAAAAAUCGAUACAAAAAAAAUUGCUUCAUUGAUGGAUGAAUUAUUCACUCUAUGUGUUAAUAAACGUUGAAACUUUGCGGUAGGAUGACUUAUUAUCGAAUCAACUCGAUGUGUUGAAAACGGAAAAUCAGCGGCUGCGAGACGAGAAUGGAGCAUUAAUCCGUGUUAUAAGCAAACUAAGCAAAUAGGAAAGCAAGUGUCGAGAAAGAGUUCUUUGUUUUCUUUUUCUUGGGAAUAUAGGGACUUUUUUGCUUCUAAGACAACGGUCAAUUCAUUCAAAAAAAAAACAUCAAACGAAAUCUUGAUCUUUUUAUAUAGUACAUUCAAUGCAAUAUAAAAUAAAACACCACACAUAAUCA